GAUACAUCACUGUGAGUUCACUUCUUGUUUGAGUUCAUUCUGGAGCUCUAUGAGUAGCGAUCUAUGUUUUACUCGGAUUGUAAAAUGGGCUGUGAGGGAAGUGUCAUGGAGGACCCUGAUAACGAAUAUGAUUCCACAUGGGAUGAUGAGUAUGGAGAUCAGAAGCUCAGCAUGAUGAGGGUAACUAAGCAUCGGACACGGACAACACAAAGAAACCUGGUGGCUGCUAGAGAUAUGCAAAUGUUCAGGCAUAGGUGUGAAAAAAACAGACCAGUUUAUCAGCAUGGUCAAGAAUCUCGUUUACCUAAUUUGGAUUUCUAUCAGAAUAAAACUCCAUCUCGCCCUGAUGGUGUAUAUAUUGAAGAUUUUCACAAACACUGGUUUGGUGAUUACACAAAGCUGGAAAAAGUGCACUCCUACAUUCAGUGGUUGUUUCCAACUCAAGAGCCAGGGGUAAAUUAUUGUGCACAUGUCCUUACUCCAACAGAAAUUAUGCAUUUCCAUAAGGAUAACACAGUAAAGAAAAGACUGUUAAAGUCUUACAAGCUCAUGUUGGACUUCUAUGGCAUAAAACUUGUCUGUGAAACAACUGGAAAGGUGCAGUAUGCAGGAAACUGGAAAGAACGAUUUGAAAACCUAAACAGAAACACCCACAACAAUCUUCGCAUUACUCGCAUCCUAAAGUGCCUGGGAUUACUGGGCUUCCGUCACUAUCAAGCACCGCUGGUUGACUUCUUCCUCAAAGAGACCCUGGUGCAUGGCAACCUUCCCCAAGUCAAGCAGAGCGUUAUGGACUACUUUAUCUUCACCGUUUUGGACAAGUCUGAACGAAAACAGCUGAUCAAAUUUGCCUUCUGCCAUUUUGAGCCAAAAGAGCAAUUUGUGUGGUGCCCUAUUAGGAUUCAAAGAAUGCUUUUGAAAAGAAUCACACCCAUAAUGAACCAGCACCCAUAUUCUAAACCAAGGGUGAAGGUGGCACACUCUGGAAGUCAAAAUAGUUCAAGGAACAGUAAGGUACCAAAUGCAGGCCAAAGUAAAAUAGAUCCUAGGAACGCUCAUCGUUCAGCACAGAACUAUAACGGGAAUAACAGAGUGCAGAGUCAUAGAACUAGAACAUGAGUGACCAGUAUGAACUGGUGGAUUUAAUUAUGGUGGCAAACUUGCCAGUAUAAGCAACUCAACAAACUCAAUAUGUACAGUAAAAACUAAUCUAUUUUAGGUGUCAUUUAUUUGCUUAGCACACAGUUAAGCUAAUGUUAGCUCACAUGAAUUCAAGCUUGUUUGUCCACUAAUUUUUAUCCUUUAGCAAACUAAUGAUAAAGAUAGAAAAUGAAAGUCAUUCCUAUGGUUACUUGUGUCCAAGUGACUUACAGUAACACCUCCUGACAGACAGUGUGUCUAACCUGUGAGCUAGCAUUAUCCUGUGUACAACAGCGGUCGUGAUUACCAUAUUUAUAACAAAACUCCAUGUGAAUGGUGCACUUCAGUUAUAUCAACAAGCUGUGAUGCAAUGGUGAAGUUUUUCAGUAUGCUGAAACCAAUGGUUGUUUAGAUAACAGUCAACACUAACUGUAAUUGCAGUGCAGUUUUAGUCAUAGGGAGCCUUUUUUAAAGAAUGAAAUAUUAUCUGAGGGAAUUAUUUCCUAUUGUUUGGUAUCAUUUUGAAUCUCACUGUCUCUUUACACUGUGUGAAUAAAAGACUUAGCUGUGUAGCAAUGUAGGUGUUGAAUUGGGAUAGAGCACAUUCACCUUUGAUUUGAUGGCUUAAACUAUUUUUACAAACAAUAUUUGUACUAUGAAAAAAGAAAAUGCCCCUUUAAUUAGAAGGUAGAGUAAGAUCUGCAAAUAAACAAUUUUAGCCAAAGCUAUGCAUAGAAGAAUAAUUACUUGUCCAAUUUUGAAAAAAAAUGGCAUUGAGUCAUUUGGGAGUGGAUUACUGGCGAGCUGAACCAAAUGAUGACUCACUGAAAAGGAGAAUUUGCAUCACUAUCAGAAAGCAAAACAUAGCCUAUAUGUCACACACACACACACACACACACACACACACACACACACACAGUGGUAUUGUAAUUAAACAGUAAAUGAAAAGAUGCAAGUCUUUUCAAAUACCUAACACUGUACUGUUUUUUUUUAUUAUUAUUAUAAUUAUUCAUUCAUUAUACGUGGUAGUGAAGAGCUGUUAGAGUGAACUGUUUACACUCUAAGUGCAGUGUAUUUUUUGUGCACUAAUAUCAAAACAAUAUUUUGAUAGACAGUGUAUCAAACUCUGGAGAAGUUCUAUGAUCACACUACAGUAUUUCUAUUGAAUGAGUAAAAGGGGACUGAGAAGCUGGAGAGAUGAGAAAAGAAGAACAGAGGACAGAGAUGAAAAAAGAUGGAAUAGAGAAAUAAAAUGAAUGCUAUUAAUUACUGUAGAUUAGUUAUAUUAAAAUAAACAAUAAACUAAUUUUAUGUACUAACAAUAGUCAUGAGUUCUUCCAGAAGGGACCUUU